GCAGAUGUCAGCGCGGAAUGCCGUGCUGCCCCCACCACCGGGCCGGUCCCGUGACGUAGCGGUUCGUGACGCCAGUGGAGGGGGGCACCGCGGAGCGACAGAUGUGAUUUGUGUUUUACUUUUUUUCUUCUUCUUUGUCCGCGCGCGGGGUCCGGUUUUAGAAGGCGGUGGCGCUAGAGGCACGCCGACUGCACGCUCGACACCUUUCCAGUUGUAGUGCGGCCGUCGCGCGGAGCACAUGUGGCGGGAGCGCUGUGACCGGGGUCUAGCCGCCAGUCAAGCCACGCGGUCCUAGAAUGGGGUGCCGGCACGUUCUGAGCUGAGCAGCAGUGCGCCACCGAUGGACCGAGACCGGCUCUCCGCCCCAGGGUCGGUGGGCGGCAGCACGUCGCCAGGCGGUGAUGAGACGCGCGGCCGGCGGCGGGGCCGCUGCAAGUGGUUUAACGUCGCCAAGGGCUGGGGCUUCAUCACGCCCGACGACGGCGGGCAGGACGUCUUCGUGCACCAGAGCGUCAUCCAGAUGACAGGCUUCCGCAGCCUGGGCGACGACGAGGAGGUGGAGUUCGAGUGCAAAGCGUCGGACAAGGGCCUGGAGGCGACGCUGGUGACAGGGCCGUCGGGCGCCGACUGCUGCGGCAGCCACCGGCGGCCCGUCUCCAAGAAGAGGUUCCGCAAGAUCAGAUGUUACAACUGCGGCGAGUUCGCGAACCAUAUAGCGGCGAAAUGCACCAUGGGUCCGCAGCCCAAGCGCUGCCACCACUGCAAAUCGCAGGACCACCUCAUCGCGGACUGCCCCUCCCGGCCGGAUCGGAACAAAAAGUCUCCGUCGAUGGCAGUGCCAUCUGCUGGCGCUGGAGGCGAAGCUGAACAUCCAGAGACGUCCGCGGCGGUGCCGCCAGAUGGCGAAGCUAGCGUCCAGCCCUCUACCACCACAGCGGGCGGAGAGUAAUACACACGCACACAUUCUCGCACAGUUUGUUUCCGAUAUCAUCCCUUGCUGUCUCCCGUAUCAUCUCUUGCUGUCGUUAAUGCCCCAUAUUCAUCAACAUGUCAAUAAUACCAGUAUGCAUCCCAGAUCAGAGAGAAUAAUGCGAAGCAAAUUAUUAAUUUCAACUUCUAUAAUGCGUUCGUUUGUCUUUUAAUCGUUUGCCCCCUGUUUUCUGCAAGAAUUGCUGUCUUUAGCAAACAAAAAUUUCUAGAAGAACGUUGAUAUAUUUGCAUAUUUCAUUUCUCAUUAUUCUAUACAGUAUCACGCGUAAUUGUCCUUCCUCAACACCACUAACGAUCGGCCGAAAUAUUUCAACUUAAGUCUACUGCAGUGACGGUGUUACACAGCUAUUUCAUUCGGCAGCAAUAUUAACUGGAUAAGCAACUUGCAUUUGUUUUCACAUGUACCAGAAAAAACGUAUGUCCCUUGCCUGAAAAUAACUUAAAUAUGUUGAAUAAUAAUUAACUCUCCAUGCUAACACACAACUGGCGAUAUCACUUCUGUUUCAAAGAAGAGUCUCAGAGUAUCACUGAGGCAAUGUGCCUAGAAACACACUAUGAGAGAGAAAAAGUCAAUCGAGUUGAUGACGAUAAAAUUAAAAUGACCCUUGUUCUGUAGUGAUAAACAUACCUGAUUUGUUCACAGCUGCUCACAGGGACAAAGCUAUCUAUUACUUUACCAAGGUCUUUUUAUAUGCUUCCUUGCAGAUCUUCUUUCAUUGUCGGUACUUCACAAUAUAUUAUACAUCUCAGGAAAUAUUAUUUUACAGGCACAGUUAUGGCUUUUCUCCAUAAUCAUAUCUGAAUAUUAAUUACAUCUAGGUCUGUGCUAUUUGGAACUUCAGUAUGGUUGUUCUGAAGAAAGUAAUUGUUACAAUAUGAACCUGUAUGUUUCAAAAUUGAACUACAGUCUGCAGUAGAAAAAUGAAGUGGAUGUACUCACUCUCGAGUGAAGUUCUCAAAGACUGAACGUUACAGACAUCUGGUCUAACUGACACCAGUAUGUGAAAAUUAGACAUGGAAUCUUAAAUUUAUGAACCAAAGAUUUUCUGCAUGUGAAAGGAUGAAACACAAUUUGAAGAACUGUCAGGUUCUUGCUACAAUAAGAAACUGAGAAAAGCAAACAGUACCCAGAGAGGAAUGAAGGUCACAUCUUAAACUUGUUUUAUAUAGCUACCUUACAAAGAAAGAUACAGUACAUACUGCUGCCAGACAGACCACAAAUUCUUACAGUGUGUGCAACCAUAGUAAUGUCUGCUGCAGUCUGUAGUACAUAAAAACAAAUAAGAAGUAUCUUGCCUAUGUUAUCAGAUGUGAUUUCAAUGGAAGAGAUGAAUACUUACUUAACCAUUUGCAUAUUGCAUGUAUCCAAAAACAUUAUCAAAGGUUUAAAUCUGCUGUUAGCAUUUUGUUAAGAAGAAUGUAAGAUAAGUAUAUCUGUUUUAUUACAUUUUCUACACUUCAUGCAUGUCUCAGAGAAAUGCAUACCUGUGCUUGAAUAUUUUUACUACACUGUUUCUCUCUUGUUUUAACCCUGAGAUAUUUUAUAAUUUUGUCCAGUAAUUGAUAGGAUUUUAUUCUGUCAAUUCCUGGAUACGAAAAAGAUUCUCAGAAUGCUUAAAUGAAAGAAAUCAGGCUUCAAAAAUCUAUGAAUCUGAAGAGAUUUAAAAGGCAGAGAACGUCCAUAGUUUUUUUUUUUUUUUAAGUGGGGAUUCAUAAGGUUAUCAUGAGAUCAGCAUGCCAUUGUUCUGUUUGUCCUUUUGCAUUGAUUAUCUUUAGCAACUACCUAUAGGUAAUCAGUUAUGUACCCCACAGCAAUGUAUUGCUUAUCCAGGACAUGAUAUAUUUAAAUUUGCAAACUUUAGGCAGCACAAAUCUGUCCUCACAGAUACUAUUUACUCUGUUGGAUACAAAUAAUUAUGUCAGUAGUUUAUAAAGUUGAUGUCAUUGUUUCCAUAUCUAACGCAACCAUAUAAAUAAUUAUUCUGGGAACCUAUCACAGUAUUCCAAAUUUUCACGCAGAAAAUAAAAAAAAAGUUUUCUUUUCAAGAUUAACUGGUUUGUGAGAGACAACGUAAAAUUUGAUGCUGCUGUAUAUUUUCAGCUAUUUGUUGUACCACUCGUCACUGAAAAAGAUCUAAAGUACCAAAAUAUUUCCACUGAUGUGCACAAAUACGAGCCAGAGAAGUAGAAGAGUGCAUUAUGCAAUACAAAAUCUGUAUACGGAACCAGAGUUGUAUAAAUACUAUUGAUGUAAUUAAUUGAGAGAACAAAGAAGGAAAAUUUCAUCAUAAAAUUAGUGAAAAUAAUCUAUUGAAUUGUCAUGAGUUGUUAAAUUCUGUAGUAAAUAAGAAAAUUAAUUUUAAGAGUGCUGUCAAAAAAUGUUAGAAGUGAUUUAUGAUUACUUGAAAUUAUUCAGGAGAAAACUAGGUGUGCAAUUUUCUUCUCUUGGUGUUGUAACUACACACAUAAUACAUCUCAGAUGGAGGUGUAUUGGCAGUGGAGUGCCUCACAGAAUAACAAAAUUGAACAUAUCGAGCUGUGAAUUGAGGUUGGGAUUGAGGAAGUGAGAUGUGAUUGAUUAGUGUGUCAUACGGAUGCAGUUAUUACUGUCUCAUGAAUCUACUGCAAUAUAGUUGUACUGUUGCCAAAGAGGCAGAUACUUUCUUCUGUAUUGUACAUAAUUCUGGAACUAUUUUGCAGUUUUGUUAGUUAGAAUUUCUACCAGUCUGGUUGGACAUUCAGUUCUGUUAUCAUUUUCAUUUUUUGUUGCAGUAAUCCAGUAGCAUAGAUUAUGAGAUUCCAAUGACUGUAUGCUCUACUGAUUUGAUCAAAUGUAAUGGCAUGUGCAUUUAACCAGAAACAAUUUUAAUAGCGUAUAUUUGUUUAUAUAGAUAUAUUAUAGUGAAUCUAAAACAGUGAUAGUUAAUGCACUGAAAUUGCAAUACAUAUGAUAGAAAGACAAUUCCACUAUGUUGGAAUUUCAGGAAACAUUCAAAUGGUGCAUUGCCCCCCAUUACGGUGAGUGUUCCUAAGUCAUUUUGCCUUGCCACAAAACAAAACCAUUUUUUCAAACAUCUCAUUUUUUUUAAAAUUUGAUAACCACAGAUUGUGAUCCAUAUGCUGCAGUAAACACAGGAUGAACACUUCUCAAGUAGGCUCUAUGUGUAGAAUUGUUCUUUGCUACAGAAUUCUACAUUUGUUUGUAUUCUGUUUCAUAUUUAGAGAAAAGUGCUUUGCCACUACCAGUCAGUGUAGAUCAAAGCUUCUGUAACUGUAAUUAAGAAAUACGAGUAAUUUUCUGCUGUAGUGUUCCAGUGAUAUUCACAAAGCAUUUUAUGUCAGAUUCAAUUAUUUUUGUACUUGCACAGAUCAACUCCCUCUACAACUGUCUUCACUGCAGUUUAUUAUGUAUAACCAGCAAAUGUGAAAUGCAUAGUGUUUUGAACUGUGAGUCAGUGCUGAAGGGACAGCUAUGAUUUUCAGGCUGUUGUUGUAAACCCCAAAUUAUAUCAAUUGAGAUCUUAGUUUCCUGUGUUUUCAGAUCAAAAGAAAUCAGUUUGUGUAAUUUGUGGUAUGUUUAGCUGAUGAACAACUUAAUGUCUGUAUUGAAUGUCAGCAGCUUUCUUUUUUCUUUUUGAAAAACUACCUGUAGUACAAUUUCAUCAUCAAAUUUUACCAUGAAAACAAAUUACAGUUAAAUAUUCAUUAACUCUUGGGACCAAGCUAAUGCCUUGUCGUUACAAUGUUCAUAUAAUCACAGUAGGCUUACAUUCAUUACAGAAUGCUUGUGCUGCAUCAACAGUAAUCACAAGUGUGUUAUGGGGUAUCACAAUGAAGAAGUGGAGUGACUAGAGUAACAGCUUGUGUUGCCAUUUUUCUAUGACGUAUACAUUUUAACACUAGCAUUUGAAGAGAAUUAUGUCAUUGCAUUUUACAGAAAUAUUUUUAUACUAACCAUAUUUUCUAUAGAGAAGAAUUUGUAAGUUGACUCACCAAGCAUUGAAAAUGUAAACUAGGAAACAUAAAACACAUCCUUAACUUCCAAGCCUCUGAUCUCAUUCAGAUGCAAUUUCAUUACAUGUGAAAGUGUUGUCUUCACACAUUUAAAUUAUCAGAAAUUGUUAAUAUUGAUUUUUUUUAUUCGGUGCUUUUCAUUUUAAUAAAUUUGAAAGUUUAUUUAAAAAGAAAAUUAUGCAAUGUAUGUAUGUAAAUUUAUUAACGUAUUUAUUUUAAAUAUUAUUUUGAUUAUCUGGUAUUAAAGCAUGUCAUUAUUUUCAUUUGCUGUGUGCAUAAUUUUUAGUAUGGUACUCCCCACAACACUGGACUUACUGGAAUAACAGACAAUAAUGUUCAUAGAAUGCAGACAUAAAAAUGGCAACACUGUGAAAUACCUUUUGUGGUGUGUGGUGUGAUUUGAAUUAGUAUACAUCAUUUUAAGUUAUUUAAUCAAAAUAGUUUUAAAAGGCAUCAAUUUCUGGCAUUAAAACAGAUAUUCAACAUGACAAGUUCUGUGCAGAAUUUGAAGACUGUUUAAUCUAAUUGUAGAACAUUUCUAUCAUUGUAUACUUUUAAUUACAUGCAGUAUCCAUUUCACAAUAGCCAUAAUUGAAUAUUUUUAUCACUGUAUGUUAGCUGUUGUGUGAUGACCUGAUGUGUGUGCAUUUAUAUACUGUACUGAGUUGAUUCUGAAUUGGCCAGGAAAAUUUACAUGUUAUUGUACUUGAUGCUCAAGAAAUUGGUGCCUCUGAGAUGACUGGGUCACGAAGUUGUUUUAUUUAAGCAGUUUUGUAACUUUCUUUUAGAAAUAAGGUUCCUAUGCAAAAGACUACUGUCCAUUAACUACCUCAGAAAGAUUUUUAACAAAUUACAGUAAGUCUUGAGUACAAGGUAGAUGUCAUUAGCAUUACAGUUGUCUAGGUUGUAAGUAACUUUCUUCCUGUUGACAGGAGUGAAGCAUAGGAGUUUUAGGGCAUUAUUUUUACAUUGUUUUGUGUUUUAAUGUAUUCUUGCAGUUGUUGGUAGUAUUAUGUAGGAUUCUUGCAGAUCAAAAAUUAUUCUCUUCAGAUGAUUUGUAUAGUGUUGUUCUAUUUUUGUAGUACGUUUUCAUGAAGCUAGAGGCUAUGCACACUUUCUUAAUCUAUGUGUUUCAACUACACAGGAAACAAGAGUAUUUCAUCACAAAUCAUUAUUAUCAGAAGCAAAUAAUAAAUUAAAUUUUCCUUUAAGAGAGUGCACAUGUUUUUGAAAUGACAGAAACAUUUUGUCAAUGUGUAAUUAAAAAUACAGAUAUAACUAGCAUCAUGCAAACAUUUAUACAAUUUAUUAAUUUUGAAUCAGUGUUGCUUUUGUGUGACUAUGUCUCAUGUGCAGUUUUGGUGCAACUGAUACAGGUGUUGCACCAAAAUUCAUGUACUGUCUCUGUUGUUUACACUGAAGAAAGAAAAGAACAUAAAUUGAGUGACUCAAGCAGCAUAGUGAGAAUUGCUGUUGCAAGAAUAAGAUUUAACUGAUUAAACAAGUUCCAUUCACACAUCAAAAUCUCAGGGACUUUUCCAUAUUCUCCAUAGUACCUACUGAGCACACGUUGGAAGAAAGUGAGUGUAAGGAUGUUAAACUUAAAUGCAUUGUAGAAAGGAUUUUGUACAGAACCACUUGUUGUUUUUAGAAUAAACAGAAACAACAAAUGCUA